AUGAACAUCAUCGAAAGCCAGGUCGCAGAUCUCAACUACCUCGUUGAAUCGCCCAUGGCAGCCGCAAUCACAACCCCCAUCUCCCCCGCCGGCGUGGCGCGCAGCAUGAACGGCCAGCGACAGUCCUCGAGUGUGGAAAGCCCUGCAGAAACAGGCAAUGCAGGUGGAACGAAGAGGAAAAGCGACGAGACGGGCACGAGUGCGAGUGCGAAUGGGAAUGGGAACACACAUCUGAGGGCCAAGAGGAACAGAUAUAUCUCGCUUGCGUGCAACGAAUGCAAGCGCAGGAAGAUCAAGUGCAAUGGGAAUACGCCCUGCCAGCGCUGCGGGAACCUCAACCUCGACUGCCAGUAUGCGCCGAACUGCUGUACGAAUGGCUUCAAGGAGUCCGAGGAGUUUCGCCUGAUGAACUCGCAUCUCGCGGCGCUGCAGGAACAAGUCGACAAUCUAUAUGCGAACCUGAAUGCUUUGCGGGCUGGAGGAGAUGGAGCUUCAUUCAUUGCGCCGUCUGAGGGCUCCAUGUCUGUGUCUCACAUCCCGCCCACAUCCCCAUCAGCCAGAUACCGACCGAUCCACCAGCACCCUUCUUUUCACGGUCCGACGAGCUCGGCAUUCAGUCUCGAUGUUGCGAAGAAUACACUGCAUAAUAUGGGAUAUCAGGGCCUCGGGGUAGAUGAAGGCGCUGUUACUUCAGAUGCCACACCCGUCGGCUCUCCUCCUCCCAUAGCUCACGUUCGGCAUGUGUCCGUGGUGGACGGGGCUCUUGGUAAAGACCCCAUCUGGGCACUUAGCAGAGAGGAGAUGCUUCGGCUAUGUAGGGUUUAUGAAGAAGAAAUGGGACUGAUGUACCCUAUUUUGGAUAUCGAGAAGGUUAUGAUACAUGGGACCAAACUACAUGAUCUUGUCGACACUACUGCUCGCACUGGUCUUGCCAAUCCGGCAACUGCAGGGAAUGGCGUCCAUGAUACCCAGUCGCUGGUGUUGAAGAUGGUUCUUGCUUGUGCCACUGUUGCGGAAGGUAAUGGCCAGAGUGAGAUUGCGUAUAGGAUAUUCAAGAGUGUUAGAGAAGCUGCGGAUAGGAGACUACAUAGCGAGGUGAUUGAUUUCAAAAGCCUGCCAUUUUUGGUUCUCGUGUCCAUCUACCAUUUCCAUUGUGACGAGGAGGCAUUGGCCUGGCGAAUUAUCGGCCAAGUCGCCCGCAUGUGCAUAGAGCUCGGCCUCCACCGACGUGAUUCCCUGUUCAAAGUUGUCACCGAUGAACAGGAGCGUUCAGAAGCCAUCAGAUUAUUCUGGUCCAUCUACGUCUUGGACCGGAGGUGGAGCUUUGGAACGGGCAUGCCGUUUGCAUUACAGGACGCGGACAUUGAUCCAAACUUACCCGAACCCGAGCUCUCUAUUCCAUAUCUCAACGUCAUGAUCACCUAUUCGCGAAUCGGAUCAAAAGUUUGGAAGUCUGUGUGCAGCUUUCUACCGGUCACUGCACCAGCCUUGAACAUUGAAGACAUCGGGUACCUCGACUAUCAGAUCCUACAAUGGCAAAAGAGUAUCCCUCCCGAACUCCAAUUACCCACCUCGAACUCAGCUCAACCUUCUUCUCGCGCAAUUCACCGUCUGCAGAUACUGCUAUACCUAAGAGCCAAUCAGAUGCGUAUUCUCAUCUACCGUCCCGUCCUGCAUUCCGCAACAUCCAUCCAAGACAAUUUGCAGUACGCGGAAACAGUGGUCGAGCUCGCUAAAGACACUAUCCGCGCUCUCACCCACCUCAACCAGACGUCAGACAUCUACCGCGCCCAGCAAGUCUGCUUCAAUUACUUCCUCAUCUCGGCCCUGGCAGUCGUCUUCCUCGCCAGCUGUCACGCCUCGGUACGCUUCAGCGAUAUCUGUCGCGAAGAAUUCUACAUGGCUCUCGACCUCGUCAAAGGCUUCAGCACCAAAUCAUUCGUCAGCAAGCGCCUCUGGAAAACCAUCAAGGGCCUCAAAGAAGUUGGUCCGAAACUCGGCCUCGCUCCAGAUCCCCUGCUCAGCGGCGCCUUGGCACACAACAGCAGUAUGCGCGAGGACGACGCUCACUCCUCUGCAGCAUUAGCUAUGGCUGGGCUGGCCGGACAUGAGAUCAGCGGAAUGGGCGUCAAUGGGUUCGGAGCUGAAAGCUUGGUGGGAGGAACAGGAACAAGCAGUAGUCCGAUGAACGGGUACCAGAUGAGCACCGAGAUGACGCAUCUAUUCGAGGCUGCGCUUGGUAGUAUGGGGAUGAAUGGUAGUGGGAAUUCAUCGGGAACGACACCAGGAGGCGGUCAUUUCGCACCGCUUGGGGAUGGGCUGGGCGGGGUCGGCAGCACCAUGUUUGGUGGGGACGAGGAGCUCUAUCGGCAGCUGAAGGAUUUGUUCUAG